AUCAGCAACCUGUAAGCGGCCAACAAAACUGCCACACACUCAAGACUGAUGCCAACAACCAUUUUCUACAUUUCGAUGUAGUUCAUCCACAUUCACUCUGUAGACUAGUAGGUGUUCGUGUGGCACUUUGGUUGUCGGUUGUUUCGAAAUUUAGUAAGUGUCGUUCGUUUCUUCGGUUUUGGAACUCAAAGUACUCCUCGAACUUUUCUAAGCCACAACCAACUCUGCUGUAUCCGAUAUGGCACCAAUUAAAGGCAGAAAGUCCGCUAACAAGAACUUACCAGUGUUAAGCCACGAAUUCAUAAUCCAGAAUCAUGCCGAUAUUGUAUCGUGUGUCGCAAUGGUCAUCGUUAUUGGCCUUAUGAUACAACUAACAUCACCACUGUCCUACUUGUUUGUCGCCCUACAAUACGGAGAAUCGACUAGCAGCAAUAAGAGCAUUCUAACAUAUGGUACAGGAAUUAAAGAUCUGUUUGCAGUUUUCUUUUAUUUCCUCAUUUGCAUUAUAUUCCACGCAAUCAUUCAAGAAUAUGUGUUGGACAAAGUCAGCCGCAAAUUACAUUUAUCUAAAUCAAAGAAUUCCAAGUUUUUCGAGUCUGGACAGCUAAUUGCAUUUAAUAUAGUAUCUUUGGUUUGGGCAUUGGAUAUUAUUGUCAAAGAAAAUUGGUUGGUUGACUUUUCAUCGUUAUGGAUUGGAUACCCUCAUAGUAUAUUAUCUUUCUCAAUGAAAUUCUUUUAUAUUAUUCAAUUAGCCUACUGGCUUCAUAUAUUACCUGAAUUAUAUUUCCAAAAAAUUAAGAAAGAGGAGAUGUUCAGCAAAAUUAAGUAUUCAUUAUUGUACACUGCAUUCGUAUCAACCAUAUACAUAACAAACUUUAACCAUGUCGGUGUUGUAGUUCUAUUAUUGCAUUACAUUUCUGGAACGGCGAAUCAUGUUGUCCAAUUAGUUGAUAUCAUGGAAAAAGAAGAAGAAAGUAAAAAAGUUAAACUUGCUCAAAACGUCAACAACUGGAUAUUCCUUGCUGUACAAGUGCUAACGUUAAUAAUUUCACAAAUCACGCUGUGUUUCGGUCUAGCUGGUGUAGAAUACAGUGGAGAAUUAAGAGAUUUCAAUACACCUUUGUUUAAGCUUUUGGCAUCUGUUAGUGCUUUAGCCAUUCAAGCAUGGAUUGUUUAUGAAUUUUUCAAUUCAACCAAUAGCAGUAUUAGUAUCUCAUUAGGACUAGGUAAACCAAAACCAAAAGUGAAAUCUAACGAGGACAGUAACAAAAAACAGAAAAGGGCUGCUAACCGAAAAUUUAACGAGUUGACUGAAGCCGAUCAAAACAUGAAGAAAACAAUUAAGGCUGAAGGCAAAAAAAAAGCUAAACCUGUGAAAAAUUUGAAAUAAUUAGAAAACUCUUUGGUAAUUUUUAAGUGCAAUCUUUGACUAAUAUGUGUAGAAUCUAAGCUGAUUGUAUAUUUGUGAUUUGUACGUACAAAUCAAUAACACUUAAUUUUUGUGUUCUAAAUACUUUUAAACAACUGUUAAUUUUCAAUCUGAUUUUUACUAUUACAAAUUAUUAUCUAUAUUAUUUUCGAUUUAAUGUUGUGUGUUGUUUUAAUUUUAUUUCAUUUUACAUAAAUAUUGUUUUGUAAUUUAUCAUAUUUUUUUUUAUAAAUAUAAUAAAAUCCAUAUAGUUUGUAAGCUCUAAUAGAUUGAAUAUUAAUAUACCAAUAUUUUAUUAUACUUGUCUAUUAAUAUGCCCAAUCAGUUAAGUUGUAAAUACAUUUAUUAUAGGUUAAUGUAUAAUAUGCCCUAUUACAAAUAUUUUAAUUAAUUAUACAUUUUGUUUAAAUAUAUUUCGUAUGUAUUAAUUAUAAAUUCAGUAUAUGGCGCUCUUCACUAUACCAUACCAUAUUUGUAAUUUUGAGUCCAUUUCUUAUUUAUUAGUUACUACAUACCUAUUUAGUUUUAAUAUUAUUACUUAACUUUGUUAAACAAUUUACUAUUUUAUUGUUAAAAUGUUAAAAUCAAUGUCUCAUCAAUUCAGUCAAUAACUAAUUAUAGAAAAACAUCAUUAUAUAAACAACAAUUAUACCCAUAAAUAUAAUAAAAUUAUAACUAUAUUAAAUAUUUAAACAUUAUUAUGAUCAUUUGUAAAAUUCUAUUUUUGUUUCAAAUAAAAUGUUUAUAAAUCGUAAUAUUAUCUGUUUUUUUUUAAUGUUCAAUAAUAUUUUAGGACUACAAAGAUUUAAAAUGCUGUAUACUUUUUUAAUGUUAAUUUAUUAAUUUAGGUAGCGAUAGUUUAUAUGCAUGAUACAAAUAGUUGGGAAAACCUGAGCAAAACUUGUGAAGUUUAUAAAAUAAUUAUGUAAAAUACUUUGUAAUUUUAAUAGUAUUAAAAAGAGGUAAAUUGCAAUGAUACUUGUGAUUCACUAAA